AUGAUACAAGAACAUGCUGAUUACAAGUCACUUGAUCCCGCUGAUAUUCUCGAGAGGCUAAAUACUCAUGAGUUCCAACUUGCUGAAAAGAGAGAUCUCUAUGGUUCAAGCUAUGGCAGAUCACGUGCACUAAAGGCCAAGGCAGUAUCUGAGUCCGAAGAUGAAGACUCUAAUAGCAGCCUUGGUGAUCCUGAAGAACUGAGCCAUGAUCUGGCUCUGCUCGUGAAGAAUUUCCAAAAGUUCUCAAGACGUGGUCGCCUUGGAAGGCCCUCAAGGAGCAAUGAUUCGUCAUCAAGUGACUACAAGAGGAGGCUCUGCCACAAAUGCAAGAAGCCUGGUCAUUACAUUCAAGACUGUCCUCGACGGGAAAAGGAAUCAAAGAAGAAGAAAUACAAGGAUUACAGUUCUGAUGAUGCGAAGAAAAAGAAGAAAUCCUCAAAAUCUUCAUCAUCAAAAUCCUCAAAGCCUUCACAUCACAAGAAGAGCAGCUCCAAGAAGGCCAGGGCAUUCAUUGGCAAGGAAAUGGACUCUGAGGCUAAAUCUGAAGAAAAUGAGGAAGAGGAGUCAUCUGAGGAGUCCAAAUCCGGAGUGGCGAGGCUAGCUCUUGCUACUGCAUUCGUCAGCAAGUCUAUCUUCAACACUGAAGAAAAUAACUUCACCAACAAAGUUGAUGAAGGGGAUGAUGACUACGCUCCCACCUACUGCUUCAUGGCAAAGGGUGCCAAGGUACUCAAAUAUACCUCAUCUGAAUCAAGUGAGAAUGAAUCUGAUGAAAAUCUUAAGCCCAGCUAUUCUAAACUUGCUAAGAUUGUUGUUUGA